AUGAAUCUUGCCAAUGCAGAGAUCAUAGAGAGUUACAUAACUGUUCGCAGGUCAUCAAGAUCUCAUUUCCCGAAGACAGAAGGAUUUGGUUUCAUUGAUUUCCUUUUAGGAAAUCUCAGGGAACUACUGAACUCUGAAGUUGAUUAUUUUGUUUCUGUCAAACAUCAAAUUCAUGUUGUUCAUGAAGAGAUAGAGUUCUUGAGAUCAUUCCUCAGAGAUAUUGAAGAACAAUAUAAGGAGCAUCAGGAUUUGAAAACUCUGGAUUCGUCCAUUAUGGAAGUGAUGCUUGAGGCGGAGUAUCUCAUUGAUGUGUUUAUUCUUGGAGAUUGUUUGCAAUGGUAUCAUCCGAUAUGGCUUUCUGAUCUCAUUGAAGAUCUCAAACUCAUCAAGCUUCAGGCAACAGAAAUCUGUGAGAAUGCACAUGGCAUCAACAUCAAUUAUGUUCCCACCCUUUCAAGGAAUGUAAUAUCACCACCCAAAAUUCCCAAAAUUGAUGAAGUUGUGAUUGAUCUUGCUGAUGAGAAAAAAUUAGUCAUUGAUAGACUUAUAGCAGGAUCACCACAACUAGAUGUUGUCUCAAUUGUUGGCAUGGCUGGACUCGGCAAGACAACUUUAGCCUUAAAGGUAUACACUGAUCCUUCAGUUACUUAUCAUUUCCACAUUCGUGCAUGGUGUUGUGUCUCCCAAGCAUAUCAGAAAAGGGAAUUGCUCCUUGAGAUUUUAGGUGACAUUGUUGAACUUACGGAUCAUAUCCUUGAAAUGAGCGAUGGAGACUUAGAGAUGAAGUUGUACCAAUGCCUAAAGAGAAAUAGGUUCCUCAUUGUCAUGGACGAUAUUUGGAGCACUAGCGCAUGGUACGAUUUCCAAGGUUCAUUUCCAAAUGAUAACAAUGGAAGCAGAAUACUGAUCACGAGUCGUCUCCCUGAUGUGGCUAGAAAAAUGAAAGUAGAUAGUGUUCCUCAUCCCCUUCGGCUACUCUCUAACGAUGAGAGCUGGAAGCUGUUACAGAGGAGAGUGUUUGACACAAAAGAGUGCCCUGAUGAACUAAUGGCAUUCGGAAAUCAAAUUGCAGAAAGUUAUAAAGGACUCCCUCUUGCAGUUGUUGCAAUAUCUGGUCUCCUUGAAAGGACUGACAAGAUACCAGACUGGUGGAAACAAGUUUCAGAAAGCAUAUGUUCACACAUUGCCGAUGACGUUGAAACGAGGUGCAUACACAUCCUAGAGCUGAGCUACAGGUGUUUACCUGACCAUUUGAAGCAUUGCUUUCUUUAUACUGGAGUAUUUUUGGAGUAUAAAGACAUUCCAAUUAGGAAGUUGACAUGGUUAUGGCUAGCAGAAGGAUUCAUAUGGAAUACAGACCAAGAGAAUAAUGAAGAUGUUGCAGAAGGUGAUUUGUAUCCAAGAUGCCCCUAUGAUAUCUCCUUCAUUUUUGACAAAUUUAAACUUCUUAGAGUGCUGGAUUUGGAAUGCAUCAAUAUGGGAAAUUCUUUCCCAACUGGAGUUCAGUUGUUGAUUCAACUAAGAUAUUUAGCACUUAGUGGUGAUAUAGACUGUAUUCCAGCAUCAAUAUCCCAUCUCCGGGAUCUUGAAACCUUGCUGGUGAAGGGAUUAAGAGGUACAGAGAAUAUCAUGAGGAGGUUACUCAAACUUCGGAAACUGAGAUGUGUAUUUUCUGAAUUACGGGAUGAUACUGGGAAGCUAAAUCAGUUUCCAGUACUAAACUUUCUGACAGAGCUCGAGUCAUUGAAUGUACUGUAUUCUGGUCGAAUUUCUCUUCCUUGUGAGUUUGACUUCCCAUUAAAUCUCAAAAAGUUGACUCUAUCAAAAUUCCGUCUACCGUGGGAUUGCAUUUCACAGAUUGGGAGAUUACCCAACCUUGAAGUUCUCAAAUCACUUUCUAGAGCCUUCGAGGGGAAAGUAUGGGAAAUGAAAGAAGGAGAGUUCCCUAAACUGAAAUUUUUGAAGCUGGACAAUCUAAACAUUGCUCAGUGGAAUGCCUCUAGUGAUCACCUGCCACAGCUUCAACACCUAAUUCUACGAAGUUGCAGGCAGCUUGAGGAGAUCCCCUCUGCUUUUUGUGAAAGCUCUACUCUGGAGAUGAUUGAGGUCCAAUUGUGCACGAGCUCUGUUGAAGAGUCAGUGAUAAAGCUUAAGGAGGAACUACUUGAAAUGGGAAAUGAGGACUUCAAGGUUCUUAUUGAUCGUUCAGACAUGGAUUUAUGA